GCUUGCAGGCCAUCCCCGCACGGCCCCAGCGCAAUACUGCGGGAUCGGGAUUGAGCGCGGGGCCUCGGCAACAGCUCCCAAAGCCAAGACCUUCGCGGCUGUCUUGGGGCUCUGUGGCCUUGGCUUCCACCUCCUCGAUAAUCGGGGCUGCCAUACGCCGGCGCAAGGCCCGGACACCUAUGCGCCAAAGCGAUGUGGCAAAGGAGGGCCAGCAGCCGUAUUCUCAGCUUGUUGCGGAAGACCGCAUGAUCACUAUUCAGGAGUCCCAGAUUCGAUAUGCCGGGGCAGCCAUUAUUGCGCUUGUCGGGGUGUACAAGUACAUGGGCAUGGUCGCUGCUGGAAGCUUCGACUAUUCCGCGGUCGCCGCCAAUGUGCCCGUCUCACUGUCCGAACUCUGCUGGUUCCACGUUUCCACACCAUGCGCCGUCUCUGCAGUUGUGGGAGGCUGUGUUCUCGGACUUCGCUGGAGUCUUGACAAGCCCUUCUCAAUGACUGAGCCACCUGCCGAGUACAAGGGCUUCCUGACCAAGAGUCGUGGCAGCAAUUCGGGCAAGACCGGCGUGGAUGGCACUGACAGUUCCACCAGAUCCAGAGAAGGAGUCAACCAGACAUGGCCAGAACAGAGCGUGGAGUGGUGGCUCAUCGAGGCUCUAACUGCGUCUGGCAAGAGCAAGCCUGUGGCUGUUCUUCUGGGCCUCUUGAAGGUGGUGCAGCUGAUGGUGCGCGCACUUGGAAUGACCCACUUGCCUCAUGCAUGGCACUCUGCCAUGGAUGCGGCAGAACGCACAGGUUGUGCAGCCGGUAUCACCAAACUCUUCGAAGCUUGGUGGCCUGGUCGUCCUGCAGCGCGCCAUUCGCCUGAGGAGCUUCCGCAAGUUUGCAAGUUUGCUUCCUUGUGCGAUGCCAGACCCGUGGCCAAUGCAACGAAGCUGAAGGAUGACGCGCGUCUUGAUCCCUGCAAGCAGGUGUUGCCGAACAGCAGCAGGCUACUAAAUGCGGAAAACUUUGCAGCCGGCGAUUUUGUCGUGCUUGGAAGCGAUGUACAUCCAGAAUUUCGAGGUGCUGCAGCGGUUGUCCUCGAUGUCACGCCAAUUGACUGCAAGGUGGCCGUGUUGGAUCCGUCGCGAACUUUCAAGAUCGGGGAGUGCCACGCGGCAUUCCGCGCUUUGCGUACGAUUCACAGAGAUUGGCGCGUGGGAACUCGCCAUAUCAUUGGAGGCCUGCAGAGCAGCAAGAUGCAGCAUCUUAACGGCUUGACUGCCACGGUUCGGGAACAUCGUCGAUAUGGUCAUCCAUGCUUCUUACCAAAGCCGGAGGGAGACAGCAAGCUGAGGCUCUGCGUGAGAUGGGAGAAAACGGCCGAGACCAGCGCAGGUGCUUCAGGAGCCUUGCUUCUGGAGCCACGCUUUCUGGCUUUGUAUCUCAAGAACCUACAAGACAGCACCCGAUGCCACGAUACCAUACUUAGUGAGCGUGUUCCAGAAGACGGCGCACCCUCUCGCACUCUGCUCACAUCGAAACGGUGUGCGUGUCCCCCAGCAUCCUUUGAGGGAAAGGCCCGGCUGGAGCUGUCUUCCAGUCUGCAAGCAAUUGAAGAGAUGGAACCCACAUCGAACCACAAGUCGAAGGUCGAAGGUCCAGUGCCAUGCCGGCCAAUUCCAACUUGCACUGGCGGCUUCCUGGCAAUGCUGUCCUGGCUUGUCGGGGCGCACACGCGACACGUGGAGGAGGAGUUUCCGACAGUAAUCCGCUUGUCAUCUGUCUUGGCAGCCACUGAUCCACUGCCUCGCGAGCGGCUGUCAUGGCUGCUGCCUAUAGCCGAGAUGAGUACAGGUGCAGAUGAAGCAGAUUCUGAACUCGUGUCUGAGCUCACCGGCAGCGUUCAACCAUUUCAUGAGCUGGAGCCAGGCGAUCUUGUGAUGCUGGACUGCUCUCAAUCGUCGAAGUUCAGUUUGUGCCCAGCAGUGGUCACAGGUGUCGACAUACCAAAUUGCACGCUCGCGGUUCUGGACGACUCAAGAAGCAUUUUUGUCCGUGAGUGUCGAGCAAACCUUGGAGAAGUCAUUCCAGUACACUCCGAGUGGCGACUGGGCACACAUGUUGUUCUGGGCGGCCUGCAGAGCAGCCACAUGAUACACCUCAAUGGUUUGUCUGCUGUGAUUUGUCCUCACAGACGCCACGGCCACCCUUGUUUUAUUCAGAAGCCUAGUGUCCCCAACACUGGCGACUGGCUGACGCUUUGCAUCCGGUUUGAUAACCCCGACAAAUCCUCUAUGCAUGCGGUGCUGCUGGAGCCGCGAUUUUUGUCACCGUUGGAUGGCCGAUCCCUCCCGUCUCCCAGGACCUCGGAAUGUUUCACGCCUCCGAGGUCCGGGAUGUCAAUUGCAGCGCUACAAAGAUCGACCUCGUGGGCGGUUUAUGCGCGACAGAACUCUUUGUCAUCUCAGAGCUCGUACAGCAAGCAGCUUUCCGGUGCCUCUCAAGGCAGCCACAACUGCAGGCUACCGUUGCAAAAGUCGAUGAGCCUUCAAAGUCAGAAGCUCCAGAAGCAGCCGACGGUUCCGUCUCGAAGUCAGUCCUCCUCGACUGUGACGGGCAGCGCCAUGAGUCAAGCUUCAUCACCAUCGGCAACAUCAGGUGGCUCCAGGGCAAGCCUGCGAGAGAGGAUGCCAGAGGCUGA